AUGUGCUCAAAAUGCUACAAGGAGACCGCGAAAUCCGAAAGCAAUAAAUCUGGCGAUGCUAAACCCUCAUCUGCCUCACCGAACGUAUCGUCAUCAGAAGCUUCUUCGAAACCAGCCUCUAGUAUAUCCAACAACACCACAACUGCUACAAGGGAUAGCACACCGUCAACAGAUGGUGCUGUUUCUCACCAACAAGACCAACCGCGAGUUUCACGAAAACAUGCACGAUCACCCUCACCCAUUGCCAAAGAGAGGGAUUCAUCCUUACAAAUCCCAUCACCAUUGUCGCAACAACAACAACAAGCAUCGUCAUCGAAUACUUCCUCUUCUACCACUACUCCUAUUUCUAGCACACAAGCAGCGUCUCCCGACAGCAGUGCAGCCUCUACACCCACAGCUACAAGUGAACGGCCUCAACAAGUCAAUAAAGGUCGAUGCUUCCGAUGCAGAGUAAAGGUUCCUCUCGCAAAGCAAACGAUCAACAAAUGCCGAUGUGAAUACGUAUUCUGUGAUUCACAUCGAUAUCCCGAUCGACAUGACUGUGAAGUGGAUUUUGCAAAGUUAGACAGAGAUACGCUCGCAAAGAACAAUCCCAAGUUGCAUGAACGACCCAAGGGUGGCCGCUCAUUCCAACGAAUCGAUAGUUUAUAA